AUGCAAAGCUUACAUAACCUCGGCAAAACGCCGUACCGGCGAGCAUUGAGCGGGAAACCUUCAGCUGGUAGCAGAAAAGCAGGCCCACUUGGAAUGCUCUGGUUUGCCGCCACGGUUCUGCUGGACGUGCUGACGUUCUUUGUGCUGUUGUUCCCGAUCGUGGGUCGAUUUCUGGUGAGGUUAGCUCGUCCGGCUUCGAAAAAGAACAUCGCUGGUUGGACGGCUCUUGUCACCGGAGGAGCGAAUGGGCUUGGAAGGGACAUUUGCUUGCAGCUGGCUCAAACGGGCUGCCACGUGGCUGUGGUGGAUUUAGACGAAACGAAUGGUGCCCAAACUGUGGCCGAUAUCCGAAAGCUGGGUGUGAAAGCUUACUUCUUUAAGGUCGACGUUUCCUCGUUCGACGCCGUAAGCAACUUGAAACGGGACGUGCGCGAAAAGCUGGGCCCGGUUGAUAUUCUCGUGAACAAUGCGGGCGUUUUGCCGCUGAUGUCCUUGCGCGAAGGUACCCCAGCCGAUCUGCAGAAGGUGAUCGAAAUCAAUCUGCUAUCGCACCUUUGGACCCUGCGGCUGUUCACCGAUGACAUGAUCGAGCGAAAACGCGGCCACAUUGUGGCGAUCGCAUCGAUAGCCUCGUACCUGCCAAUCGAGCGUAUUGUUACGUACGCUGCCUCGAAAUACGGCGUCCGCGGGCUGAUGGGUUCGUUUGCCAGCGAGCUGCACAACGAGGGCGUUGACGAUGUCGUCAAAACGACGACCGUUUACCCGUGCUUCAUCAAAACGCGCCUCGAGCUGAUGGAUGCGUUGAAAAAAAUGGGCAUUAAAAACCGAGUUCCGAUCAUGCAAUCGGUAACGGUUGCCCGUGCCGUCGUUGGUGGAAUUCUCUACAACAAGCAGAACGUUUACAUCCCUAAAGUGGUCGGGCCUUUCGUUGGAAUUUACGAGAACCUUCCGCCUUCAGUGGCACAUUUGGCGAAAAGGUGCUUCCUAAAGACGAAUAUACCGAACCCGAUGAAACAGUAG